GAGCCCCGCUCCCCGAUGGGCCGCAGGCCUCGGCCGCCCGGGGCCCCCCGGCCGCCGGCGCUGCUGCUGCUGCUGGCGGUGCUGGCCCGCCCGAGCCCCGCCGCUGCCUACUUCCCCGAGGAACGCUGGAGCCCCGAAUCGCCGCUGCAGGCGCCGCGGGUGCUGGUGGCCCUGCUGGCCCGGAACGCGGCGCACUCGCUGCCGCCGGCGCUGGGGGCCCUGGAGCGGCUGCGGCACCCCAAGGAGAGGACCGCGCUCUGGGUGGCUACGGACCACAACGUCGACAACACUACGGCGGUACUGCGGGAGUGGCUGGUCAACGUGCAGAGCCUGUACCACUAUGUGGAGUGGCGGCCCAUGGAGGAGCCCAGGUCCUAUCCAGACGAGGAGGGCCCUAAGCACUGGUCAAAUUCUCGUUACGAACACGUGAUGAAACUCAGACAGGCCGCACUGAAGUCUGCCCGGGAUAUGUGGGCUGACUAUAUCCUGUUUGUGGAUGCCGAUAAUCUCCUGAUAAACCCGGACACCUUGGCCCUGCUGAUCUCCGAGAACAAAACCGUGGUGGCCCCGAUGCUGGAUUCCAGAGCGGCCUACUCUAACUUCUGGUGUGGGAUGACUUCUCAGGGCUAUUACAAGCGCACGCCCGCGUACAUUCCCAUAAGGAAGCGGGAUCGCCGCGGCUGCUUUGCGGUCCCCAUGGUACACUCCACCUUUCUGAUUGACCUGCGGAAAGCGGCUUCUCGGGAGCUCGCCUUCUACCCACCGCACCCCGACUAUACCUGGUCUUUCGAUGACAUCAUUGUCUUUGCUUUCUCCUGUAAGCAGGCAGAAGUUCAGAUGUUUGUCUGCAACAAGGAGGUUUAUGGCUUUCUGCCUGUGCCGCUGCGGGCCCACAGCUCUCUGCGGGAUGAGAUGGAGAGCUUCAUGCAUGUCCAACUUGAGGUUCUGGUGAAGCACCCUCCAGUGGAACCUUCCCAGUUUACCUCAGUCCAGGCCAAGGUCCCUGACAAAAUGGGCUUUGAUGAGGUCUUCAUGAUUAACCUGAAGCGCCGCCUGGACCGGCGAGAGCGAAUGCUGAGGACGUUAUAUGAGCAGCAGAUCGAAUGUAAAGUCGUUGAGGCAGUGGAUGGAAAGGCGAUGAACACUAGUCAGGUGGAAGCCAUGGGGAUUCAAAUGCUGCCUGGUUACCAGGAUCCCUACCAUAGUCGUCCACUCACGAAAGGGGAGCUGGGCUGCUUUCUCAGUCACUAUAAAAUCUGGAAGGAGGUCGUGGAGCGGGGCUUGGAGAAAUCUAUCGUGUUUGAGGACGACCUUCGCUUUGAGAUUUUCUUUAAGAGACGCCUGAUGAACCUGAUGUAUGACUUAGAGGAAGAAGGCCUAGACUGGGAUCUGAUCUACAUAGGGAGGAAGCGGAUGCAGGUGGAGCACUCGGAGAAGGCAGUGCCGCACGUGCGGAACCUGGUAGAAGCUGACUACUCUUAUUGGACGCUGGCGUACGUCAUCUCCCUCCAGGGAGCUCGCAAGCUGCUGGCGGCCAAGCCGCUCUCCAAGAUGCUGCCCGUGGACGAGUUCCUGCCCGUAAUGUUUGACAAACAUCCUGUCUCGGAGUACAAGGAGCACUUUGAGAACCGAAACCUGCUGGCGUUCUCUGUGGAGCCGCUCCUCGUCUUCCCUACCCAUUACACUGGGGACGACGGCUACGUCAGCGACACGGAGACCUCGGUCGUGUGGAACAAUGAGCAAGUGAAGACGGACUGGGACCGGGCCAAGUCACAGAAGAUGAAGGAGCAGCAGGAGCUCAGCAACGAGGCCAAGAACUCGGACGUGCUACAGUCCCCGCUCGACAGCGCAGCCCGGGAUGAGCUAUGACCGGGGGCGGGUCGGUCUGCCGCCCUUCAGGGAGCUCUGAGGAGGACAGACAGACAGCCGAGAGGCAGAACCAGUGCGCCGUUCAGGAUGACCAUUGAAGGCAGGGACAGCUCCUUGGCCUUGGACGCCAUCACCCUCUCAGGACCGUGGGCUACUUUGGGGAGUUGCUGCAUCUGAGGCAUCCGCUUCGCUGUUUCCCUGUGAGUGGAGGAGUUAUAUUCUUCGCUCGGGAUCCCCGGGUUCCCGCCUGGACUCCCUCGUGGGUCUGGGGCCAUCCCAGAGCAGGUUCCGGGCCUCCAUCUUGUAGCUCUGCAGAGCAGCUGAGAGACUGUCAUCGGCCACGAAAGAGCAGUGUCUCCCGGGGAUGAUCGCAGCUGCGGCCGAGUAGCCAGUCACCAGGCAGUCACCCAUCUCACACCAAAGAAAUGAAAUAAAAGCCAGCCACCUCCGCCCGCUCAGACCGAGUGCCACCUCUGAGGCUUGGUGGGAACUUCUGUCUUUCUACUGGUUUCUUCAGCUGGUCCUCCUGCUUCCAAGAUGCCCAGACCAGGCAAGCCUCUGUCUACGGGGCUGAGUCAGAGGAUUUGUUGCCUCCUCCCCAUCUUGGGGGUCCUCUCCCGCCCUCCUAAAGACCUAUGGGUCUCAAAGCCAAGGCUCAGCAGCCCCCAGUGUGCUGCCUUGCCAUCCUCUCCCCAUCGGCUGGGGAAGGCAGCAUGAAGCUCGGGUCUGAACUGCUCCUGGGGUUACGCCCACAGCACAUCAGCGCCUCCCCGCCUGGGCCCUGUCCCACCUCUCCCCUCUCCUCCCUUCUCCUCCAGCUGCAGGUGAGCCCAGUGACAGGAAGAGAUUCCGAUGCCUGCUCUCCAGCCACCAGCUUGACUUGGGCCAGGUGGCUGGGCUCAGGGCUCCAGCUGGCAUCCUGAUCCAGCUCUCUGCUUCCAUCUUUGGGUUCAGUUCUUUUGGGGGCAGGUGGGGGCCCUCCCCUCCAGUUCACCUCAGCUGCACCUCAAGGGCCACUGGCUGGACCUGCCUGACUGUUUUGGUGCCGAGGCAUGUACGCUCAGAGACAGCAGGAGUGUUCUGGGGGGAGCCUCCUACCUUGGGAAAAGGCCCCCCGGGUUCCUGCCGCACAGGCAUCAGCCUGUGUGGAAAUGGGCCCAGCACAUGGUGGCCCCAGGAUCUCGAGCCACAGCAAGUGGGACGAGGAAGGUCUUUGGGAUGAUCUUGGCCUGCAGGCUGAGUUUUCACUUGGGGGAAAGGGAAACUGAGGCAACAAUGAAAGGCGCUCUCUCUCUCUUUCUCUCUCUCUCUCUGUGUUUCUGUCUGGGCAAUCCCAAUGGAGGUCUCCCCCUACCUUCUCUCCAGUGCUUAGCCCAGGAGCCCAAAGCAGGAGGGGGUUAGCCCCUUAACCUUCAAUCAAUCAAUCAAUGGUAUUUAUUGAGUGCUUACUGUGUGCAGAGCACUGCACUAAGCUCUUGGAAGAGUUCAGUACAAUAGAGGUGGUAAACACGCUCCCUCCCUGCCCGUAAAGAGCCCUACGAUGGCUGUUCUUCUGGUUUUACAUUGGACAGGCAGGUUUUCAGCUGGUCUGUCUGUUCUCUGGUCCUGACUAGGCCCUAGGCACCUCUUAUAUCCAGUAUUUUGUUUUUAGAGCCCAGCCUCCCUCUACCUCACCUCCUGCAUCGAGUCCUGUGGCUCGGACAGACUCCCACAAAACGUUCCAUAUGACGACCUCUUGUUCCACUGCAGGUUCAGUGUGAUAUGGGUGACACCCCGGGUGGCUGGUAUUCACAAGCGUGGUGACUGGCUAUCUAGCCUCCACCCCCAGUCCCUUAGCGGAGCCCAGAUUCUGCCUCUUCAAUCCAACCAUAAUCACGGGAAACUUUCCACCCAAGUUUUAGUCUUUUAUUCUUUGGCGGAGUGGCAAUUGUUUUGUAACUUUGGCUAGUUCAUCUUUGCCUCAUUUAUUUAUGUAAAUGUUCUCAGUUUAUUUCCAGUAGACUAACCUCGCUCCUUCUUGCUAUUAGUAAGCUUCUGCUCUCAAAGAAGCCCACUCCCCUCCCCACAGAGUGGCCUUCAUGAGAAAACGUUUUCUACUGAAGUGUUGUUCACUCCUGUUCUCUCCCUGCCGGGACCAUCUCCCCAGUCCCUCCUAUUCCCUGCUCCAGCAACGUAAAGCCAGGAGUAGGACAGAUGAAAGGCUCCCCAUUCCCUGUGGCUCAGUGUCACGGUGCUCCCUCUGGGUGCUCGGUUCUGGGUGCUCGAUUCGGGAAGCCAAAGGGCCCUGCAGCCUAGCUGAUGUCUGAGCAGAGGGCUGGGUUGAGCGGGAGCGUCAGAGCAAGGUCUGUUACUGGGCUCAGGUCGGGUAUCAAUCGGGGGUUGGGAGGGGGGAAAGGGGGGCAGGGGCAAGACUCGUCCACAGAAAAGGAAGCCAGAGGGUGGAGAACCUUCUGUAAUCCUGUACCCUGUGAAUGCGGUUUCCUGUGGGGAUAUUUUAUAUUAGUUUUCAAUACAGCUCUUUUUUUUUUCAAAUCAAA